UAAAAGUAAUAUUGUUCAGUAUCUAUCUUUUUAUAAAAUAUUUAGUGUUUAAUAAAUUUUUAAAUAACAUGUCUUCUACAAUAUCUGGUAAAAUAACUGAUGAUGUAGGGUCAGUCGCUGCUUUGCGUAUAGCUCUCCAAACAUUGGCAGAACGUUGUGAAAGACUACAAUCUCGAUUAGACAUAGUCGAAAAAGAAAAUGUUACUAUAAAAAGUCAAUGUACAUGUCAAACAGCCAAUAACAAAUCUUCAGAAGUUAAUGUUCAAGAAUUAUCUAGUAAAAAGCUACAGUUGGUUGAAUACUUAAAAAUAGUUACUAAUGAAAAUCGUACGUUGUGGACAACAUUAUCAACGUUAGAUAAUCCUGCAGUCCAAUCAAAUGAUAAAAUCAAGCCGAAAAACUCUUUAGCCAUCAUAGACAACUAUUUGAAAUAUAAUGAUGUUGAUUUCAAGAUGAAUUCUAAUUGUAUUAUGGAUGUAGAUGAUGAUUUAAUAAGUCUUCAGUAUAGUUCAGAUGAUGAAUCUUGGCCUAUGUUAUUGUCUGAACUCAAUGCAUACAAAGAAAAAUUAACUUUAGCUAAACAUUUACUUGCCGAUCAAAAUAAUUUAAUUUUUAAUGUCACUUCAAGAUUUAAUCUACUAGUUGAGGAAGUUAAAGUUAUAAAACCAUCUGCAGAGUAUCGAGAUGCAGAAACAUUAACAAACUCUACUGAUUCUACUACACCUUGUAUUUGUGGGGUUCAUGCAAAAUCAGAUAAUCAUAGAAUAUGCCCUUUAUGUAAAUUAUACAUUGUGGGAGCUGAAGGUGAUAAAAUGUUUGAUAAAUUAGUUGAACAUGUAAGCAGUCAUUUUCCCGAUGAAGAACCUGAAACUAUAAUUGAUAGUUUAUCUGGACACUAUUAAAAAUGUUAAUAGCUACCAUUUAUGAUUGUUAAUAUAAAAAAAUUCUUA